GUGUCCUCUCCUCUUGCACAUAACCUUUCCAUUUUGAAUGGUUUGAUAAUAAAUAAAUAAAAAAGUAGAGAUUUUGGAAGUUCUUCAACAUGUUUUCUGGAACAAUGAUGAUGGUCUCGCUGAGACCCUUCAAUGGGGUCUCUCCGUAUCCAUCGAAACGUCCAUUGGUUUACAGAAACAGGCAAACAGCUCUAAGGGGAACUAUCUACAUGAGUACUCAAACACAAGCAGUUCGCUCCAGAACCCAGAGGAUAAUGGAAAGCAUUUCAGUUGGUGGUGAGGCUGGUGGUGCUGGGGGUGCAUACUCCUAUAAUUCCUUGAAGAGGUUGGACAAAAUUUGGUCAAGCAUUUGCUCUACUCAGGCUGUUCAGCAAGAACCACAGCAGGUGGUUUCAAGCUUUCCCGGUGUGUUUAGCCAGUCUGUUCUUGCUGGAAAACAAGUGGAUAAAUGUGAUGUGGUAGUUUGCGGGGGUACAUUGGGAAUCUUCAUUGCUACUUCUUUGAUUGCCAAAGGUCUUAAAGUCAGUAUUGUGGAAAGAAAUAUAUUAAAAGGGAGGGAACAAGAAUGGAAUAUCUCAAGGAAAGAGUUGAUGGAACUUGUAGAAGCUAGCAUUUUGAAUGAAAAUGAUAUUGAAGAAGCAACUGCUGUGUCAUUCAAUCCUAACAGAUGCGGAUUUGAGAAUAAGGGCGAGAUCUGGGUAGAAGACAUUCUUAACCUCGGUGUCUCGCCUGCAAAGCUUAUAGAGAUUGUGAAGAAACGUUUUGUUUCCCUUGGUGGAGUUAUCUUCGAGGGUUGCAGUGUGUCCAACAUAAGCAUUUAUGAUGAUGCAGCUGUCUUGCAACUUGCUGAAGGAAACAUUCUUUCAUCUCGUCUUGUCAUUGAUGCCAUGGGAAAUUUUUCUCCUGUGGUGAAACAGAUUAGAAGUGGGAGGAAACCAGAUGGUGUUUGUCUUGUCGUUGGCUCCUGUGCUCGCGGAUUUAAGGAGAACUCUACAAGUGAUGUCAUAUAUAGUAGUUCAUCGGUGAAGAAAGUUGGCAAUGCAGAAGUACAAUACUUUUGGGAGGCAUUUCCAGCUGGGUCUGGUCCCUUAGAUCGCACUACUUACAUGUUUACUUAUGUUGAUCCUCAACCGAGUUCCCCAAAACUAGAAGAACUAUUAGAAGACUAUUGGGAUUUGAUGCCAAAAUAUCAGGGAGUUUCUUUGGAUAAUCUGGAGACACUGAGAGUUAUAUAUGGCAUUUUCCCAACAUAUCGUGAUAGUCCAUUGCCAGCGGCAUUUAAUCGUGUUUUACAGUUUGGUGAUGCUAGUGGCAUACAAUCACCCGUCUCUUUUGGUGGUUUUGGGAGCUUGACUAGGCACCUCGGAAGAUUAUCAAAUGGGAUUUAUGAAGCAAUCGAUGGAGAUUUUCUCGACUCGUACAGUUUGUCCCUGCUGAAUCCUUACAUGCCUAACUUGAGUGCUUCGUGGCUAUUUCAAAGAGCGAUGUCUGCGAAGCUGCAGUCUAAUGUUCCGCCGGAUUUUAUUAAUGAGCUUCUUGACAUAAACUUCAAGAGUAUGCAGAGACUCGGGGUUCCCGUGCUAAGACCGUUUCUUCAGGAUGUGAUACAGUUUGGACCUCUUGCCAAGACAUUAGGCCUUGUAAUGCUAUCUAAACCUCAAAUUCUUCCAUCUAUAUUGAAGCAGGUUGAUGUUCCUGUCCUUAUCGACUGGUCUCGACAUUUUUUCAUGCUAGGAUAUUAUACAUUUCUCUCAACCAACAUGGAUCCUGUUAUAAGGUCAUGGUUAAAUGGUAUGCCAUCAAAGAUGAAGUAUGAAUGGAAUAGACACCUUGAGGCUUGGAAAUAUGGAUCUGGUUUAGAUUACAAGCUAUGAAUUACAAGUCGAAUCGAAUAUGCUUAUUCGACUAUCGGCUUCCGAACUUAUCAAUUUCGUCUUGAAAUAUCAUCCAGCAGGGAAAAUUCAUUGAAGAUUGUAUUGUAGCUGAUAUAUUUCAUCUCGAGAUAUUACCCAGACAUGAAAAUCUUAU